UCCGGUUUCGGGGGGAAGAGCAGGACGCCCCGCGCCCGCCGCCCCGCAGAGCCCGGCCCCGGGCCCCACCCCGCCGGGCUGCGCGCCGGCCGGCCGGGGACGCGAAGCUGCCCCGGGGAAUGAGGCGGCCGCGGCCCCUGGCGCCCCUCCGCGUGUGCGCCGCGCGCCUCGCCCGCCUGCCCCGCGGCCCCCCCCCCAUGGCGGCCCGGUGGUUUAAGGAGUUCCCGCUGAACCUGAAGACGGCGUCCGAGCGCGCCCGGCCCGGUGGCGGCGGCGGCCGACUGCGCAAGAACUCGGAGGCGGGCGGCACCGGGCCGGCCCCGGGCAAGGGCCGCAAGAACUCGGCGGCUGAGCUGGGGAGCGGCAGGGCCGGCGUCGGCGCCCCCAGGGACAGCCGGCCGCCCCGGGACAGCCUGCAGGGCCUGAUCCAGGCCGCCGCGGGCAAGGGCCGCAAGAACUCGCGGGCCGCCGAGGACGAGCCGCACCGGGGCGUGGCCAGAAGCGCGGGCUGCAGCACCUACAUCAGCAGGCUCAUCAAGGUGGACGCUCAGGAGAAGAAUGGCAAGACCAGCACCAGCAGCACGAGCAGCUCCUCGUCGUCGAGCUCCGCGUCCUCCUCCCCUGCCUCGCUGGGCCCCGAGCUGGACAAGGGCAAGACGGUGAAGCCGCCGGACACGGUCAUCAUUUUAGAAGACUAUGCUGACCCUUAUGAUGCCAAAAGGACGAAAGGUCAAAGGGACGCAGAGAGAGCAGGAGAGAAUGAUGGCUACAUGGAGCCCUACGACGCGCAGCAAAUGAUAACAGAAAUCCGACGCCGAGGCUCUAAGGAUCCGCUGGUGAAGGCUCUUCAGUUGCUCGACAGCCCCUGUGAGCCGGGCGAGAACAGCACAAAGACGGAGGCUGCGGCCAAGACACGCAGCUCCAGGGACCUCCUGGGGAAGGCCCCCCAGCUGUACGACACGCCCUACGAGCCUGUGGACGGGGCCCCCGACCGGAGGGCACGGCUGCCUGCGGAGGACGAGCGGCCGGCGGCCGAGUACGAGCAGCCGUGGGAGUGGAAGAAGGAGCAGAUUACCCGGGCGCUGUCGGUUCAGUUUGAAGGCGCUGACCGGCCUUCCCUCAAGGAGGAUGCGGUGAAGCAGCACCAACGGCAGAAGAGCCGGACGCAGAAGAUCUCGAAGCCGGCCGUCGCGGACCACAGCGAGGGGGAGAAGGUGGACCCGGCCCUGCCGCUGGGGAAGCAGCCUUGGUAUCACGGUGCCAUCACCCGCGCGGAGGCCGAGAGCCGACUGCAGCCCUGCAGGGAAGCUGGUUAUCUGGUUCGAAACAGCGAGUCGGGGAACAGCAAGUACUCUAUCGCACUAAAGACUAGUCAAGGGUGUGUCCAUAUCAUAGUGGCCCAGACCAAAGACAACAAGUACACGCUCAACCAGACGAGUGCGGUCUUCGACAGCAUCCCCGAGGUGGUACACUAUUACUCCAACGAGAAGUUGCCCUUCAAGGGGGCAGAACACAUGACCUUACUCUACCCCGUGCACAGCAAGGGGCACUAAGGUCCAGCCAGCAAGAGCCCUGGCCAGGCCCCUCCUCCUGAGCAGGCGUCUGCCCCUGACCAGCACUGGGGACAGGGCCGGACUGCCCACGGUAAUCAGGAGGAAGUGGGAGUCUCCAUCUAG